AUGUGUUGGGCAAUGCAAUUGUCCAACCACUCCGCACCAGCAGAAGUGCUGAGACCCAUCACGUCAGUGGGUACUGCACGAUAUGGCAAGUCGUCCAGCAUCUAUUCUUAUCACACCAUCAUACCACCAGUGCGAUCCGUUAGCGCUCCCAGUUCUCUCGAUAUCCAAACGAAGUGGAACUCUUAUCCGCACCCUGAAGGCCAGCUGUAUUUCCACAGAAGACUUUCCAACUACGACGUUGUGACAGAAGCCAAUAUUCAUAGGCAAGAGACCGAGAACCGGGUAGCCGGCUGCCUCAAGUUUAUCGAUGACACAAUCUUCCAGCAGCAAAUCAUAGUGCCGCCUUCGUCGGAGCUAUUCAUAGAGCUUGACGAAUCACCAUUUUCCUGUGCCUACUACUUCGUAAAUCAUGAUGCCCGCCGUAUCUUCUGGCUUGAGCAGACUUCCACGGAACUCCUUGAUAUGGGGACCAUAGUCUCCGACUCUCAUCUUGACACCGCCUUAGAAAGACUAUAUUGGGUGCACGUGGAAUUCUUCCCAAUGCACAUGUAUGCACAGGUGUCACCCCAGGUGGUAGACGAUCUAAUCGGCGUCAUGUCUCAUGGUGCAGCAGACCGUUUGACAUCCCGAUCGUCCACGUUUCCGUACACUGCGGAAAAAUGUAGUCAACUGCUGCAGCUGCUGUCUUUGCAACGAGGUCGACCCCUUGAUGGACACACAUUAUGCUUUGUUGCUCGUCUAUGGGGCGCAAUAGGUUCGUUGGAUGCUAAAAUCGUCUCGUCAAAUAUACUGAGGAACAUGGUAGAAAAUCAGCGGUUUAUGACUUAUUAUGGGCAAGAACACGCCCAGUUAGACAGACUACAAAUUAUGGCUCCUGAGGAAGAUAUGGAUCAUCAAUGGGUGAAAACCACUGCAAACUUGGCUUUGUGGGGAAUCCCCGAUCGAUAUUUCUUCGAACUCCGUGAUUUGUUUGCAAACGAACAGGUAUUCGUCGAUCAAUGGCAAAUUUUCAUGACCGCAUGUAUUUCGGAGUGGCAUACAGUAGUUGUUUGGACAUUCCCAGUGAUCAUUGCUAACCUCCUCUCUUGUCUUUUAUCUCGUGCUUCUUUGUCAUCUGCCUUGCCAUCGAUUGUCUCAGCGUCUGGGAGCCUCGCCACGGGAUCAAUUCUACUCCUUAAACACCACGGCCUAGAGGACGCCACUGCAUCAUUUGCCGCACGCUACCUGAGGGCCGCAAAAUCACGCUCAGUUGGGAUGCUCCCCUCUGCCAUUGCCUUCGGUCUGCCAAAAGGCCUCUAUCUAUGGAGCAUCGUCUUUAUGGUCGCUCACUUUCUCUUACUGGCGUCCCACGUGGUCGGCAGACUCGCAAUGUUUGGAGGCGCAUGUUUUUUGAUACUACUUGUUUGGGCUGCCCUGCAUGUUACAUCUCCAGAUGAGUACGACCAGAGUUCUAUACUUAGCAAAAUUCUGUGUCGCUGGCAUUCACUUCAAGGAGACAUUGAAGGGGCAGGUCUACCCGUAUGA